AUGGCAGCCUCCUGUUUAUCUCGUUUGUCACUUCAAAAUGUUUAUACGUUUUGUACAAGAAGUAUAUUUUCAAGCUCAUUUCAAGUGCAUUGCAGUCGGUACAAUCCACAUUUCCUUGAGCCUACUGUAGACAAGACGGAAUUGUCUAGUGCACUGGAUGAGUCUGAUCUACGCCGUUUUCGACCUAUUAAAGCAGCAAGAACAGAGCAAACCUCAUCACUAUUUGCAGAUACAAAAAUACAAAAGUUCACAAAUCUACUGAUGAUUGGUGGAAGAAAGGAGGAAAGCAAAAGAAUUAUGGACAAGACCCUGGAGAAUAUUAAGUGUAUACAACUGGAGAAAUACCACAAGGCACCAGAUGAAGAGAAAAGUGGCAUAGAGUGUAAUCCUGUUGCUAUUUUUCACCAAGCCAUAGAAAACUGUAAACCUAUGUUGAUACUAACAAAAGUGGUCCGAGGCGGUAUAUCAUACCAGGUGCCUGUCCCAUGUAAUCCUAGCAUGCAGCAGUCGAAAGCGAUGAAGUGGUUGAUACAUAGCUGUCGAGACAAGGAGAGGAAGCUUCCCAUGGAACAGAAAUUGGCAUGGGAGAUGCUUGAUGCAUAUAGGAAUGAGGGGAAAACGGUGAGAAGAAAGCAGGAACUGCACAAACAGUGCGACGCCAACAGAGCCUAUGCACAAUUCAGGUGGUCGUGAGAAUACAGUGUUUGUGAGUGCGGGACUCGACGACUUGGAAUGUGAUAUAAUCUCUUCUGUGUAGUGUGAACACGUUAACGACAUUUUAACAUUUUACAGUCUGCAGUUAAAGGUGCAUAGUCCUGUAAAAUAUUGUACCGAACUUCUGGCUGAAACUGACAGUCUCUUGCUUAAAAUAUUAAAGGGACUGUCCUGA